GAUCUGGUAGCACUGCCGAUCGCAGCUGAACCAAAAGACAAUGUUGAGAAUGUUGUGAAAUUUGUUUUGUUUUGUAUUAUUUGAGUACUUAUUUGUGUUUUAUUUUAAUGGAUGAAAAGCGCUACCUAAAGCGCAAGGAAAAGGCGCGCAGCGAUGGCAAUCGAGAUCAGCUGGCUGUGUGUUGCAAUCAGUUGGGCGACUUCUACAAUCAACAGGGAAAAUACAACGAUGCAGUUAGGGAAUAUGUCCAGGAAGCCAAGAUUUACGCCUCUAUGGGCAAAGAACUGGAGACGGGCAAGGCCAAGAGGAUGGUUGGUGAGAUGUACACCUUGCUCUGCGACUACGAUGCCGCCAAGGAUCACAUAAGCGAUUACCUGAAGAUUGCCAAGCGAUUAAAGAACCAGGUGGAGGAGCAACGAGCAUAUGCCACAUUGGGUCGCGUUCAUCUUCUACAUGGCCAGAGUUUGGCUGAUAGUUCCGCCUCUGGAUCAAUGGAACAGCUUAAACUGGCAGAAAAGAGCUUCCUUCGCAGCCUUCUGCUUAUCAAAGAACUUGCUGGUCAAAUUUCGAAGUUGGAGCAACUUGAUAUGCAAGCUCGCUGCUACCUAAACAUCGGCGUGGUGAAAGAGCACAUGGAGGCUUUCCAAGAAUCCAUCGAGUAUAUUAAUAAAGCUAUAAAGAUCAGUAAAACGAACGAGCUGUGGGACCUGACCCAUUUGUGCUACAUCUCGAUGAGUUUGCUCUACAAUUGCAAGAAGAACGAUGCAACGGCGGCUCUUCGGUUCUGCAAUAUGGCUUUGGAGGUGGCUAAGCGGCUGACCAAUAAAGUAAAAAAGAUCUGUGACACGCUGAUCACCAAAGCGGAGAUCUUGAUAAAGGCUGGCGACUUUGCAAGCGCCAAACAUAUACUUACCAAAGCUUACAAGAAGAACACACCUGAUGAAAACGAUCGAGGAGUGAUAGAGAAGCAGCUAAGGGUUGUAGUGAAGAUCUGUCAAACCCUAGAUGAAUUGGUCCUGACCAGCUCCAUGGACUACGGAAAGUUAAAAAGCUUGUACGAGAAACUGGGCGACGGUUGCUGCCAUCUGAUGAACUAUGAGAAAGCUCUUACUUAUUACCAAAAGAUGUUGGAGAACGCGGAACUAAAUAAGGAAAGCGGUAAAAGUCUAGUGCCCAUCUACGUGAGUCUCUAUCAGACUUAUCGAGACAAUGGACAGUUUGACAAAGCCUUGGAGUACUUGUGGAAAGAGUUUGAAUUGAACCAGGAUGUUCCCUCGGAAGCCUUUACCACUCUCUGUACGAUUGCUGAAAUAUGCGAACAGCAAUCUCAUCCUUUCUGGACUACCCACGAUGUUUACCAAAAGGCUCUUCGCCAAGCCGAGAAGGCUGGGACCUCGUCCGACAAGCUGGAGAAGAUUGCAAUGGUGAGAUUGAGGCGUCUAAUGCUUAAGCAUAAUAUGCAAGUCUUAGUUGAAAACCUGGAGGCAGAAGCCACAGGUAAGGGAAUCGAUUUGGACCAAGAAGAAAGUCUGGGCGACGAUGAUGAAGAUGUCGAAGCCGGAGGAACUGCAGUGCAACAAAAUACUCCCGAUUGGGAUGACGAUUUUGACCUGACCACUCUGACCGACUCGGAUGCCAGUGAUCUGGAUGAAAGCGAAAAACCGCGUCCGCAAAGAACCACACGAGGUAGCAGAUCCCUAGUCAUAAAAAAGAAUAACAAGGGCGAGACUCAGUUGCAUCAGGCGUGUAUAUCGGGAAAUCUGGAACUGGUCAGACGCCUCAUCGAUCAGGGUCACACGGUUAAUGUGCGAGAUCAUGCAGGCUGGUUGCCAUUGCAUGAAGCCUGUAAUCAUGGUUUUCGAGAGAUUGUGGAACUGUUGCUGGAUAAGGGAGCCGCAUCUGCCAUUAACGACAAGGGCGGCACCAGUUGCGAUGGCAUAACACCUCUUUUUGACGCCUGUUCCAAUGGUUUCUUGGAUGUAGCUGAACUCUUGCUGGAUCGUGGAGCAGAUGCUACUGUGCGAACGGACUACAAUGAGACCUGUAUUGCUGGACUAGACAAAUGGCGUCAAGGAGCACAGCUGGUAGACGGAGAGCAGGCGCAAUACGCCCAAUUGAGAGAGCGACUACUUCGUACACUUUCCAAGGUGGGCAUAUGCAGUGACCGGAAUGCUCGGCCCUUAACAAAUGCAAACGUUCCAAGACUAAGUAAGGAAGAUCGAGGAAGCUUAUCGGACGAAGAAGAUGAAGAAGAAGCUCUUCAAGAGAGCAACAGAAGAUCCCUUAGCCACAACCGUUCAGGAAGUGAAUACGGAGGAAUGAAACCGAAGAGUUCAACACAACCAAGUGCCAGCAAGGAGUAUAGAAGUGUUAUGGCGCAUCUUAAAAGACCCAAUCGUCUUAACGAUGAUCCUCCCUGUACAAGCACUAUAAGUAAGCAGAAACGUAACGCUUUUCUUAACGAAGAUGAGGUCGAUGCGGAUAACUGGCUUAUCGACGAUGUGGGUCCGGAACGAAAACGGAAGCGUAUCAACUCCGGAGAUCUUAGCACACGUCCCUCAAAAGAGAACUUUCAAGACUCUGCUCUUUCCUUGCCAACAAACUGGGAGGACGACUUUCUGCAAGCCACUCCUGAAACGGAAUUCUCGCAGCGUCAAAAGCAAAUGCGGAAACUAACCCUGUCCCGCUCCUCCAGCAUGAGUAGCAACCAUAGCAGUUCGACUGCUCCUAGUCGGAAAAAGCAUCAGGCAACGCUGAUGGACAGCGGUUUCAGUCGGUUCCGAAGCGAAAGUCCCAUGGGUAGUGAAUCCUCGCAGGAUGGUGCCGCUUCGGUGAUCAGUCUGCGUACCAUUGAACCCGAUUCCACUACGAGCACCAUUCAGUUGCUCAUAUCACCGUCCAAAUCAUCACCUAUAAAGGUACAAACUACUCCCGUUCUGGCCACCACUGUGUCUUUUAAAGUCAAAGUGCAGGACGAGCUGUUAUUGGUUCCCAUUGAGCGCAAGAAGCUUCAGGAUAUCAAUAUACGCUGGUUGGCUGAGGAAGCCGGUAGGCGCUACAAUAAGUUGACUGGCCUAACACCUCUCCUACGACUUAAGACUGCCGAUGGAUUCGCAUACGAGGAAACGGAUGCUGUUAGCGUGGCCCUCGAACAAAAUAUGUUAAUGGCUACCAUUCUUGAUUGGAAAAUAUCACCGCUUUCGCAGAGAUAUGAAGAAAUGUGCCAUCAAAUACAGAAAGCUGUUGACAACAAAGUUAAGCUUCUUCUGGAGCAUUCGCAAAACACACAAAUGUUAGAAAUGUCAGGCUUAUGGAUGCGCCCACACCAAACAGAGCCCAUAUUUAAAGCACUUCUCCACCAAGCGCGACUUACGGUUUUAGAUCUAUCCCGCAACUUUAUUGGUAACGUUGGCUGUCAGCAGUUGGGCAAAUCUCUGCCCACAUUACUUCAACUUAAGGCACUACGACUGCAAUGUAAUGCCAUUAGUUCCCAGGGACUGGAGGCCCUGCUGUGCGCCCAAAAUAUAGAUAAACUUGAGCUUCUGGCAGAUCUAAAUCUAAGUCAGAAUCCUUUGGGCAAUGCCAGCCUAAGAAUUCUUAGUAGAUUUUGUGCCAGUCCCGCUGGUCAGGCUCUGACAUCCCUCCAAAUUGCUCAGUGUGAGCUAACGGAACUGCAGGGCUUUGACCUGGGAUUCAACCAGUUGACACGGUUCGAUAUUAGCUUUAAUCAACUCACUCAGCAGAGUGUUGGCCUGCUGACGGAUCAACUAAAUAGUUGCCGCCUGGAACAAUUGAAUCUCAAUUACGUGCGUUGGCCCUUGGACGAUGCCAGUGGAUUUGCUUUGGGAGAACGGAUAGUAUCUCUUUUGGAAGGUGGCACAUGCGAACGAUUUAUCCGUGUGGAGCUAGCCGGCUGUGGUUUGAAUGAUGCCCAUCUUUACAAGAUCAACCAGCAUCUGUCCAAAGCCAAGCAACUUCAGUGGCUGGAUAUCAGUGAUAAUUCUAGGCUAAGUGGAAUUGCACUGGGUUAUAUACUAGAUGAACUACCUCAACUGCGCUCCUUGUUGGCCACCAAUUGUACAAACCUUCUGGAUGACACUCGACUCAAAAAAAUCGAAGAACAAACUAAACUUCCUAGGCGCUUUGAUUUAACAAUCAAUGAGCAAGUGUUCUCCAUGCCAGGAGCCUUGGAGACACUUCAAACCAUUUGGCAGCUCCACUUUGGCGAUAAGGCCAGGAUGCUGAUGUCCGCUCGACGGAAAAUCGGAAGGCGGUACAAGGGACUCCUCAAGUUACUGGCUGAUGAAAAUGAAGCGGAGUAGUUAAGACUCAUCAUGUAUAAUCAAUUUUCAUUUUGUUUUAAGUCCCAAAGUCUUUUUUUAUUGUUUGACAAUUAUAUAGUAAAUCUGAA